UAGUGGUGGUGGGACCCUCGACGCGAGGGGUAUCAGUUCGCAUAGAAGAAGACGGGCGGGACAGUCGGGAGUGGAGAGUUUCAGAACAACAAGUUAACAUUUAUCCUCUAUCUAGGUGAACAUUGAAAAAGAUGGCUUUGACUCAAGAAACUAUUUUGACUUUUUUGUUGGAGCACGGGGGCAAAGUGAAGAAUUCCGAUUUGCUGAAUCAUUUUAAACCUCAGAUCAAUUGCAGUGAUCCCGCGGAAAAGAAGCACAAUAGAGAUCUAUUCAAGACAAUUAUAAACAGCGUUGCGGUCGUCAAGCAGAUAGAUGAUGUCAAGUAUGUCGUUGUAAAGAAAAGGUUUCACGACUUUGUGAAAGGUGGAAAGCAUUUAACCACUGAGAAGUCGGACUUGGACGAGAGCAUUUGCAGUCAAAACACGUCGUUCCCACCCAGUUCUUCAGAACACAGUGAAUAUUCAGCCAUUUCCAAAUCUGGUAGGGUACUGAACUCUGAUAUUGAAAAUAACAAUUCAUGUUGUGCUUCAAGCAUACAUGGAAAUUGUUUAAAGGAUAUUGUAAAACAUAUGCCUCUGCAUAUAAAUGAAUUGGGAGGAAGAUCCAAUGUGCACCCAGCAGGUUAUGGGGGUGCAGUUAGGUCAAGUAACCUUAUCAAAACUACUUAUCAAGAAACACCCACAAUCAAGAUACUGAAUGUUUCAGCUGAUCAAGGGAUCAGAAAAAAUACUGGACCUGUGUUUGCUAUAGUGGCAGUGAAAUCUCCACCACAAUCACAGAGAGAAGAUCCAGUACUGACGAGACAGGAUGGAUUAAAUAACAAAGUGUCAUUGGGACCAAAAACUUCUGAGAUUCCAAGCAUGUUGGCAAAGAGACCUCCCACUCCUCUACCACCAGAGGCAGCCGUGACUCCUAAACCCCCAGGCAGAGUGAGUUCAGAGUGGGGUACGGGCACCUACACCUCCCCUGGGGCUAAAAUCAGACAUCCAGAGCUAGGAGAGACGCCACAAACAUCUGCGUCUCCACAGCUGAGGAGAACCCAAAACAAGCACCCGAAACAAGGGGACAAUGUCAAGGAUGUCAAUAAGUACUCCGAGCCUCAGUCUCCACAGCUGAGGAGAACCCAAAACAAGCACCCGAAACAAGGGGACAAUGUCAAGGAUGUCAAUAAGUACUCUGAGACUCAGUCUCCACAGCUGAGGAGAACCCAAAACAAGCACCCGAAACAGGGUGAUGACACCACCAAUGAUCUCACCACGGCAGCCAAUAAGGUUACCGCUAAAGAUGCCAAUAAGUACUCUGAUCAAUCUAUCCCUUUGGAAGCUGCAGCUCAUGAGUGGCUGGUGAAGUCUGCUGCCGGUCUCUGGGGACAUGUCUACAGCCUCCUGUUACAGGAUCCGCAGCUGGCCGAGAAGAAAGAUUUCAUCUCGGGUUUCACUGCCCUCCACUGGGCGGCCAAGGGCGGCAAUACAGACAUGGUCCGCAACAUCCUGGACAUCUCCAGGAAGAGAGGCACGGAGGUAGACGUCAACAGCCGAACACAGGCAGGUUAUACUCCUCUACACAUCGCUGUCAUACACGGACACGAUGGAGUCAUAACCUUGCUGGUGAGAGACUACGGAGCCAGUGUGAAUAUAAGGGAUAAUGAUGGGAAGAAGUCGUACCACUACCUGGAGAAAGGUGUGUCGUCUGAGCUCAGGGAACUGCUAGGGGACCCACAGGUAUCCCAACAGGACAGGUGUCAGGACAAGCAAGAGGACGAGGAGGACAGGGAGCUACCCAGGGGACUGAAUACAUUGAGCAGACUGAUGGGACACAGGAAGAGAAACAAAACCCACGCUGGUGAAGACACAGAGGAUGACAGAAAGGAUGGGCCACAGUCGUACCAUCGCAGACACUUCUCAGACAUGUUCUAUCAUCAUUGAAUGUUCGAAAUUUGAACAGAGAAUCUAUUUAAACCCUCUUGAGACUAUAUUACAAUAUUUGAUCAAGCCUCAAUGUGAAUGUUGAGUAUUUCACUAAGCUAACUGAACGAGCACUAGUAUAAACCAUGUACUGAUGGUGACGCAAUCUACUUUUCUGGUACUAAUAUUGUGCCUGUCUUGAUUUAGUGGUGAGACAUAUUUAUAGUUAUAUAAGGACUCCCAACCUCUAAGGAAAUUUAUUGACUGUAACGUGUUGAAGUAACACAUUUUUUAA